AUAAACUUCCGCUGGUUGCGCAUUGCCAGAAAUUUGCUGCAAGUGCAUUGACAAAGAUAAACAACGGUAUUUUAAGUUUGAUGCAUAACUUCAAGUACAUUAAAUCAUAACGGUGUAUUUAUCGAUUCAAAGUGGGAUAAGUGAAAUAUCAGUGAGGGUUCAGAAUUGCGUCAAUUCGAAAUACUACUGAUAAUGCAAAAGAUUUAAUUCGCUGUGAUGAAAGGUUAUCGUUUCGGCGAUAAAAAAAAGAGAGAGUGAAAUUUUUCACUUCCUAUGCUGCGCGAGCUGCUUUUGUUUACAUGAGUUUAGCUUUGGUAAUAGGAUAGUGUUUUGCAGGUUUUGAAGCAAGUUCCCUGAGCGAUUCCUCGUUCCCAAAACAAAGCACGCAAUGUUAUAACAUGAAUUAACCGAUUUUGAUGUGAUAUUCGGCGUGUUUUUGAUAAUUAACGCAAGAUCGGCUGCGGUCGCCAUCAAGUUUUUGAAAAUUGUCAAGAACAUUCAUCAACCACGAUGGAAGAACAGGAAAGUCAUAGUUCGAAAAGAAACAUGUCUGAUAGUCUGGAGGCCGUGCUUGUCAACGUUGAAAAUACCGAUCCAAGUAGUUUCAUUCACAUUGACAAAAAUGAGUUUAAAAUAGGUAGAGGACGAUCGAACGACGAGAUACUGGCUAAUAUUUCGAUAUCAAGGCAGCAUUGUAUUAUCAAACGCUCAGACGUUGGCGAAUGGACGAUACAGGAUUUCAGUACGACUGGUACUUUUGUCAAUGGGAAUCAGUUGGCACCAGGAGAAAUACGGACGAUUAAAAUAAAUGAUUCUGUACGGUUUGGUCCGAUGUCUGAAUUUUUGUACAAAGUGCAACUACUCUCUAAGAGUGAGCCGCUUGCCAAGAAGGCGAAGAUGUCCGUGCCAGAGAUGGAUUUACGAGAUAUUGUUAUGAAGCAAAAGACUUUUGAAGAAUCGCAGCAAAUGGAAAGGGAUAAUCUUGCGGAACAAAUGAAAGCCAAACACAACGAGCAACUGGAGUUGAAAAAUGAACUGCAAAAGUUGUUGAAUGAAAGAGAAGCGGCAAAGGGAGUAAAGGAUCAUUUAAACAAUCAGAUCAACAUGCUGGAAAAAAAUAUAGAGGAAGUCAAACAGGCCGAAAUGAAUCUUGAGAAACUGAAUCGAGAGUUGUCGGAACGAUUAGAUAAGGAGAGGCAAGAGUUUGAGACAAAAUUGAACGAGGAGAAAAAGAAGCUGGAAGAAGCCUUGGAGAUUAGUAGGAAAGAAAAAGAGAUGUUGGUCAAUAAUAUGAAAGAACAGUUGGAGAAACUGAAAAAUGAACAACAGAUUGAGUGCAAAAAGCUAACCGAGUCACUCAGCGAAGAAAAGAAAACUGCUGAAAAAUUACAGAGUGAAAAGGUUGAAAUCGAACAAAAACUUAAGGAAACGGAAGAUGCUUUACUCAAGAUAGAAUCAAAAGCCAAUGAACUUCAAACUACUCUUGAAAAACAAAAUGCAGAGUCAGCUGCAAAAGUUGUCGCCCUCGGUACUGUGGCAGAAAACGUUGAGAUUAUUGAUGAGUCACAUCUGACGAUUCUAGAUACGAUAGAUUUGACUAAAGAAACACCUACGAAGAAAGCUGCUCCACCGAGCAGCACAGUGUCAGCUAAUGAAGACGUCUUCAACAAAGUUGGCGAUAUCAUGGAUGAACAGUUGACAUGUAGUAUUUGUUCAGAACUAUUCGUAAAAGCAACAACACUGAAUUGUACUCACACAUUUUGUCAGUACUGCAUAGAUACUUGGGAGAAGAAAAAGAAAGAAUGUCCGGUGUGCAGAACGGCAAUAAUUGCCAUGAAUCGAUCUUUGGUUUUAGACAAUUUCAUUGACAAAAUGGUGGAAAACUUGUCAGUGGAAUAUAAGAAACGAAGGACAGAUAUUGUUGAAGAACGGAGAGAAUACGAAAAGGCAGCAAAGCAACCGGCGAAUCAAGCACGUGGAAAGAAAGGUCGAGGCCGAGGUAGGGGAGGAAACGCGAAUACAAAUACUAAUCGUACUGGAAAUACUUCUACAGCAGCGACUAGUCGGACAGCCGGUAACAAUCACAUCCCAGGCGGGACAAGCGGUAGCAAUCCGGAUUGGAACAAUGCCUCAGGGUCAAGCGGUCAACAUCGCCAACAACGCUCAAGUAGUGGUGGUACCACAAAUCAUGAACAGACACCCGCAUCCACCCAGGGUUCAGGUAAUACAACCCAACAGACCAACGAUGAUGAUGACGGUUCAACGUGGAGCACGUCAACAGACGGCGACGGUGAGGAUACCAACUCCCUCUCAUCCGUCUACUCCUAUAGUCAGACCUCUGAGGAUCCGGAGAGCCACUUCGGAAACAUGGACAUCUCAAUCGACUCAGAUGGCCACAGCAGCGACGAUAGCUGGUCGGGAAUAGUCGAUGGAUAUGAGGAUUAUUGGAGCGAACCACAGGACGACUAUAUAGAAGGUCGAAUUGGUGCCCUUUACGGUGGAUAUGGUAGUUGCUAUUCCUGCGGAAACAGGGGGCAUUGGGCUCCGGGAUGUCCAUUCACAUGAUUUUGUGGGAUUGACAAGUGACUGAACAUAUUCUAGAAACGAUUUUGAGGUGUAUGCAAUAUUUAUCAUUUUCAAUCCACUCGAUUGAGUAAAAUUUCGUUGCUUCGUUGAGUGACUUAUCGACCAGAUUUAUUUGGGUCAUUUACGAAUAGCAUUAUUAUUAUUAUUGUCAUUAAAUUUUGAUGAUAAUAUUAGUUGAGCACUUACUGUCGAAAAUUAUACGCAGUUAUUUAAAUCUCAUCAAUCUCGUUCAUCCCGCGAUAUUCCAUAUUCAGUGUAUCAGCUAUAACCGAAAGUACUCGGAAACUUUCGAAAAGCCAUAUUAAUAAUUUGAAUGAUAUCUAUUUUCUAAGUUCAGACAUCCCCGGAUAUUGAUUAACGUUAUCGAAAUUAUUCUGUUACAGUAAGUUCGUCAGUAGUGUUGUCAUUAUUUACGUAUAGGGUUGAUAACAAUUUUGGAAGGUGAAAUAUUCCCGAAAACUUAUAAACGUUAUCAUAUUUAAUUUUGAAAGAUUUUGCAGAAGAAAAUAAAUUAAAAUUCAGCACACUGGUUGUACAAGGCUUUGAGAUGAUUACUUUUCAUUUCUUGGAUUGCAGCAGUAUUAUAACUUCACUGUACAUUUUACAGUGAAUGAAUACAAAACUUACUGCUGGAGAAAUGGAAUUAAAUUGAAAAAUAAUUACUUGUAUACAAAUAUUACUUUUAAGAACUUUGCUCCAAAAUUUACGUUGUAAUACUUGUAAUAAUCAGUUAGAGAAUAAAUGAAAAAUUAUUUUGUAAACAAGGAAUAUUCAUCAUUUAUUAAAAACAAUUGGUAAAUUCAUUUCUAAUAGUACGUAUCUACAUUUCAUCACACAGUGGUACAUACAGAUCUUAUGUCGUACUUCUUGUAAUGUCGCGCGAUCGAAUAAAGAAUGGAAAAUAGUUGAAAUUAGUCAUAAUGAGGCAGAUGGUCUAGUGACUUGUAAAGUUACAAGUUGGACUAGCACACAGACGAGAUCCGUGUUUUAUGAAUUUUGGUAGACAUUUUUUUCUCACGAUUAGUCAUCGCAUUAAAUUUAUUCUUGUGCCAGUCGACGUUAUAUGCACUGAUUAUUAGGUAACAGUGAACAUGUUUAACAAAUGUGUGAUAGUUUAACUGUUCAGAAAAUCAGGCCAUACUUCAUGCAAUCUUUCAUUGAAAAAUAUUUUUCUUUCUAAUUAAUAUUACGAAAUAUUAACGAACAAUUAAUGCAAAUUGUAAGAUGUUGAGUUUGAUGACCUGGUGAAGUUCAACAAUUCUGACGGAAGAAACAUGUUUGGAACUUGAAAAAAUUCAAUGUUGUAUUACUGAACCUUAAAUUGAGCUGCAUACACGCAUACACCACGGCUGCACAAUGCGCACACGGAUUUAUAUCAACAAUAGACAAAAG